AGCUCCAAAAUGAUUCAGAAAAGAGAAAAAGAAGCUAGAAAAAAUCAAUUGGCUGGGAUCUCAAAACGAACAAAAGUACAUUAUAUUGAUUCAGACAUCCCACCACACUCCCUACUUCUUCUCAACGCUGAUGAUCUUUUCGUGAUUUUUCUCUCCUAAAUUGCGACUCUUUUCUAUUUCCGCUCAAAAGCGGACCACUUGUACCGUAUGCAUGUGCUUUCUUCUGCACUUCUGCUCUCCCUGCACACACUUCACCUACAAGAUCCCACAUUUUCCUGCUUCCUCUGUCUUUUGGCCAUUUCGAAGAACCGAACAUACUCAGGAAGCUCUGAGCUUUUCAACUUGUGGGUUGCCGAGAUCUUUUCGUGGUAAUUGAUUAUCUGGUCGAUUUCUUGAUGUGAAGCUGAAAGAUCAUCUGGGUUCGGCUCCAAGUUGCGAUUUUUAUGAGACCCAUUUUUCACCAGUGAAGCAAUGUACCACAAAUCAUCAAGAAUGUCGGUGGGGCAGCGAUUGAUGUACCCGAUUCUCGGUAUCGCGUCCUGCAUAGCUUUCAUCUACAUUUCGUCGAGUGAUCUGAGCUUCAGCGACUACUAUACAGAGCAGCAGAUGGACUUCGUCAGACGAAAUGGGACUCAGUUCAUGGUGGGUGACGGUAAGGUGUUUUAUGUGAAUGGUUGGAACUCGUACUGGUUGAUGGAUCAUGCGGUGGAUGAGUACAGCAGACCCAGGAUCCGAGCCAUGUUUCAGGCCGGGUCGAAGAUGGGCAUGACCGUUUGCCGAGCUUGGGCCUUCAACGAUGGAGACUACAAUGCGCUCCAGAUUUCACCUGGACGGUUUGAUGAGCGCGUCUUUAGGGCUUUGGAUCAUGUCAUUGCAGAAGCAAGACGUAAUGGAAUCAGGUUGCUUCUUUGCUUAGUUAAUAAUUUGGAAGCAUACGGUGGCAAGACUCAGUAUGUCAAGUGGGCGUGGGAAGAAGGCAUUGGUUUGAGCUCAUCAAAUGAUUCGUUCUUCUAUGAUCCUUCUAUUCGGCACUACUUCAAAGAUUAUGUCAAGGUUAUCCUAACAAGGAAGAACACCAUUACUGGAGUUGAAUAUAGGAACGAUCCCACCAUUUUUGGAUGGGAGUUAAUAAAUGAGCCACGCUGCAUGACAGAUAAUUCAGGCGAUACUCUUCAGGAUUGGAUUGUGGAAAUGUCAGCGUAUGUAAAAUCAAUCGACAAGAACCAUCUACUGACUGUGGGCCUUGAGGGAUUUUAUGGUCCCAAGAGUCCCAAAAAGUCAACUGUGAACCCUGGAGAGUUCUUUUCACUACUUGGAUCUGAUUUCAUUAGGAAUUCUGAGAUACCAACCGUCGAUUUUGCCUCUGCUCAUAUCUAUCCGGACCAUUGGUUUAAGAAUCAAGAUUUUGAGGAGGAGUUGAAAUAUGUCGCUUUGUGGACGCGCUCUCACAUUGAUGAUGGUGAUAGGAUACUGAGGAAGCCAAUCAUGUUCACUGAGUUUGGUUAUUCGACUCUAAACAAGGACUUCGAUCCUUCAAAACGAGACAGGUUCUUCAAAACAAUUUUUGAUGUGAUAUACAAAUCAGCGAAGAAACAAGGAGCUGGAGCAGGUUCUUUUGUGUGGCAGUUCUUGGUGGGAGGAAUGGAGAAAUAUAACGAUGAUUUUGGUAUCGUUCCCUGGGAGAGGCCAGAGACCUACAAGCUGAUUACGCAACACUCCUGCAGAAUGGCCAGAAUUAGGGGAUCAGCUGAGCUCAGGGGUAAUUUGAAAGAGUUGUGUUCGCAAAGAUAACGAGGGUGUCGAUUCUUUUAUAGAAGUUCUUUUUCUCAUCCUAGGCUAGUAUGAUUUUCUGCCACUGAUGGUGUGAAGCAUGCGGGACUGGCGAUCUUCUUGUACCAUAUCCUUCACGUAUACGCAUAUGUUUUGGACCGAAUGAAUUUCAUUUUGAGUGCUAUGAAUUAAAGAAAGCUAAGAUAAUGUGAUUUCUGGGUUUUGAGAGGAA